AGCGCAGAGGAGCUCUAUUUUUACUCGCUGUGGAUAUUUAAGGGGUAGGAGGAGAGGGGGGAGGGACUGCUCGACACAUCCUCAGCGGAGCUACUGAGUUUUCUUAUCGCCUUCCUUUAAGCUCUAGCCAUAAGGCGGCGGAUUUAUCUCCUCGUCUGGGCGCAGACACCCGCUAACAAGCCUCACUGUCAGGCGGGUUGGUGAGGGACCCAGCUCCGGCGUUUCAGGACGGGAGGUCGGACACCAGUGUCCCAGAGAGAGACAGGAAGACGGAGGACGACUUGUUUCUGGAGCAGCAGGGGAACGUGAGGAGGAAAGAGGAAGAUGCCCAAACCGGUUAAUGUUCGCGUCACCACCAUGGACGCUGAGCUGGAGUUCGCCAUCCAACCAAACACAACAGGCAAACAGCUGUUUGAUCAGGUGGUGAAGACCGUGGGUCUGAGGGAGGUCUGGUUCUUCGGUCUGCAGUACACGGACAGCAAAGGCUACGUAACAUGGCUCAAACUCAACAAGAAGGUGACGCAGCAGGAUGUGAAGAAGGAGAAUCCUCUGCAGUUCAAGUUCAGAGCAAAGUUCUUCCCAGAGGAUGUUUCUGAAGAGCUCAUCCAGGAGAUCACACAGAAGCUCUUCUUCCUGCAGGUGAAAGAGGCCAUUCUGAAUGAUGAGAACUACUGCCCUCCAGAGACAGCCGUGCUGCUGGCUUCCUAUGCCGUCCAAGCCAAGUAUGGAGACCACAGUAAAGAGCUUCACAAGCCUGGUUACCUGGCAAACGACCGUCUGCUACCACAGAGAGUUCUGGAGCAACACAAGCUGACAAAGGAACAGUGGGAGGACAGAAUACAGACGUGGCACGAGGAGCACCGAGGCAUGCUCAGGGAGGACGCGAUGAUGGAGUACCUGAAGAUCGCUCAGGACCUGGAGAUGUACGGCGUUAACUACUUUGAAAUCAAAAACAAAAAGGGCACAGAGCUGUGGCUGGGGGUCGAUGCCCUGGGGCUGAACAUUUACGAGCACGAAGACAAAUUGUCCCCAAAGAUCGGCUUCCCGUGGAGCGAGAUCAGAAACAUCUCCUUCAAUGACAAGAAGUUUGUCAUCAAGCCCAUCGAUAAAAAGGCUCCAGACUUUGUGUUCUACGCCCCUCGUUUACGGAUCAACAAGCGCAUCCUGGCGUUGUGCAUGGGAAACCACGAGCUGUACAUGAGGAGGAGGAAGCCGGACACCAUUGAGGUGCAGCAGAUGAAAGCUCAGGCGAGGGAGGAGAAGCAUCAUAAAAUGAUGGAGCGAGCACAACUGGAAAAUGAAAAGAAAAAGCGUGAGCUUGCAGAGAAGGAGAAGGAGCGAAUAGAGCGGGAGAAGGAGGAGCUGAUUGAGAGGCUAAGGCAGAUUGAAGAGCAGACACAAAGAGCUCAGAAAGAGCUGGAGGAGCAGACCCGCAGGGCGCUGGAGUUGGAGCAGGAGCGAAAGCGGGCGAAGGAAGAAGCCGAACGCCUGGAGAGGGAGAGGCAGGCAGCAGAGGAGGCCAAGGCGGCGCUGGCUCAGCAGGCUGCUGAUCAGAUGAAGACUCAGGAGCAACUGGCUGCUGAGUUAGCAGAGUUCACAGCCAAAAUCGCUCUGCUGGAGGAGGCAAAGAGGAAAAAGGAAGAGGAAGCAACAGAAUGGCAACAUAAAGCGCUGUCAGCACAGGAGGACCUAGAUAAGACGAGGGAGGAGUUAAAGACAGCUAUGACCUCACCGCCCGCACCUGAUCAUGACGAGGAGGACGAGACGAAUGCCGAGGCGAGCGCCGAGCUCCUCAGCGACGGCGUGAACACCCACCGCAGCGAAGAGGAGCGCAUCACCGAGACAGACAAGAACGAGCGUGUGAAGAAGCAGCUACAGGCUCUGAGCUCGGAGUUGGCCGAGGCUCGAGAUGACACUAAGAAAACGCAGAACGACAUGCUGCACGCCGAGAACGUCCGGGCAGGAAGAGACAAGUACAAAACGCUGCGCCAGAUCCGCCAAGGCAACACCAAGCAACGAAUUGACGAAUUUGAGUCCAUGUGAGCCCCCACAGAACAGCGGACGUUUAAGGAGGCUGUCGGUCUCGUUGCCAUGACAACGCCUCAUUCAUGAAAGCCUAAAGCCCGCUUGCCACUCCUGGCCCGCUGCUUCACCCGCCCAGCAGAGAGGUGAGCUGUUUGGGAUCCACAGCCAGCCUGGGAGGACUCGGCCAGUCGCGUCGUCUUCUGCUUCUUAGAGCUUCGCCCUCAAACCAACAAAGCACACGUGUUUUAUUAUAAAGCUAAAAUAGCAAGCCCCUCCCCCUCCUGUGUACGUCUCUGGUAAUUUAAUGCUUGCAUGUUUGGUGAAUCACAGAGUUGGAGAGAAGCAGAGACUGGACAGACGGUUUUGUUUUUACUAAACAAACAAAUCUAAAGGCCAUUUGUAGCUUGUUGAUGAAGACGGUAUGCUUUAAUACAUGUUUAAAUGUUUUUAUUUUUAUUGCCUUCUAGUCCCGUCUAGUCCUGUUUUGUGUUCUAGGAGGUUUUACAGCCACUUACCUGUUUGCUCAUCCGGGAGAAUCCAGAGCAGUUUAGUUUUGACUGAUAUGCAAAUCAGAUCUGCUUAUUUACAUCCUAACUGCUCUGUCUCCACUGGCCCGUUCAGACAUUGUUCAAAUAUAUAUUUUGCUCCACAAUAAAGAAGGACUUUAUAUUUCCUAA